AGUGCGCAGGCGCAGCCCGGGUGACGAAGAUGGUGCUCAUCAAGGAAUACCGUGUAGUGUUGCCAGUCUCUGUGGAAGAGUAUCAAGUAGGGCAGCUGUUCUCUGUGGCUGAGGCCAGCAAGAAUGAGACAGGAGGUGGAGAAGGCAUCGAAGUGCUGAAGAAUGAACCUUAUGAGAAGGAUGGAGAGAAGGGACAAUACACACAUAAAAUAUACCAUCUAAAGAGUAAAGUCCCAGGGUAUGUGAAGAUGAUUGCACCAGAGGGAGCGUUAGUUUUUCACGAAAAGGCCUGGAACGCCUACCCAUACUGUCGUACUAUUGUGACGAAUGAGUACAUGAAGGACGACUUUAUGAUAAAGAUCGAGACGUGGCACAAACCUGACAUGGGAACAAUAGAAAAUGUCCAUGACCUGGACGAGCAGACGUGGAGGACUGUGGAGGUGUCUCCCAUAGAUAUAGCAAACAAAGAUGAAGUGGCCGCUGGGGACUAUAAGCCAGAAGAAGAUCCUGCUCUUUUCCACUCCACCAAGACGGGUAGAGGACCUCUCGGCCCCGAAUGGAAGAAUGAGCUGAAGACAGAUUGUCCUUACAUGUGUGCAUACAAACUGGUCACUGUCAAGUUCAGAUGGUGGGGUCUGCAGACCAAGGUGGAAAAUUUCAUCCACAGGCAAGAAAAGCGUAUUUUCACCAACUUCCACCGCCAGCUGUUCUGCUGGAUUGACAGAUGGGUGGGUUUGACCAUGGAGGACAUUAGGCGGAUGGAAGAGGAGACCCAAAAAGAGCUUGAGGAGAUGCGUCAGAAGGGAGACGUGCGAGGGACCUCUGCGACAGACGAGUAGAGGCCUGUCGCUGUAGGUCAAACACUAGAGGCAGGCUGACUGCGUCAAAAAGGUCCGAUUCGAGGCACCAGUGCUGCUCAUGAGCAAUGAGGCAAAUCAACCAAACCCUGUCAUGAUGAUGUCAUCAAAGACACCUCCACCACGAUGAGGAAGUGGCCCUGACUUCGCCUCUUCUCUUCCUGUCUCACAUGAUUCAUUGGGGGGGUUUGACAAAGAUUGGUUAACAGUACUGUACAGAUCCUACCCCAAUCACAAGCCUCCUGUUCAUUCAGAAAACAAAAAAAAAAAAAAACAUGGUUUUGCAUACAUAUAAAAAGGAAAAAAAAAAAACUCUUUGCACAGAACGUAACUUGCCUGACAUGUAAUUGUUAGUUGAUUAUUACAAUGGGCUUUGUUUUUAUUCAGGUGUGUAAACAGUGACUCAGAAAGUCAAGCCUUUUAAAUUAACUUGUUUUUAGGUAUACAGGUGCCCACAAAAAUUGGUACAAGAUGACUUUAGCAGGUAUUGGACCAUUAAUCUCCCUACCUUCCCUUGUAUUAUAACUGUCUGUCCCUACUUUGAUCCCUGUCUCUCCCCUCAGUAUUGUCCAUAUUCUUGUCCUGAUAAAAUUUGUCCUUGUCUCACUGUCCCCUCUGUCUGGCAGUUGGUUGGAAAUUUUUUUAUUUAUUUUUUCUUUCAUUUUAAUUUGGAGGCUAAUCCAUGCCUGUUUAAGGUUCAAAGCAAAAUCAGUGCUCAUGCAUGAUGGAUAAUUCUCUGCUUCACACACGUCCCACAUUUUCCGUCACAAGUGCAUGUGGACAACGGCAACUCCUCACUAAACUGUCAUUGCAUGUGUGUUGUCGCUGCAAUGAGGCUUCGCUCAAGUGGAUUGUUUGUGUUGAUUAGAGAGAGGUUUAGCGCCCUCUAGGAGAGUCUGUACAAUACACCGGUGUGUUAGUGUGCAUUUUUGUGCUUGUUUGUGUUAUCGACUGCCUUCGCUCUUAAAGGACUGUCAGUCUUGACUGAGAUGGACAACGUUCAGCUUAUUAUCAAGGCUCCUGAGUCGUCUCAGCGCUCCACGACCAGCCUGUUGAACUUGCCUCAUGCUAUUGCUGCAUGUCCUUUCUUCUUGUCUAGGGCUUUAAGUGGAGCAGAAGCUUUCCUUUUCUUUCUUUAACUAAAACAAAUGAGGAUGAAAGUGUGUGCGUUGCUGCGUGCAUGAAUCAAGGUUGGGUUUUUACAACUAACGCUUCUUCUCUCACCUCAGACAGCAAAUGGGUCCAGGCAGAUCUGCGACGUCUGUUGCAGUUGUGGAUUGACAAGCAUUGUGGGUGUAUAGCUUUUAUUUUCACCAUGUCAAGUGAGCUUUUCAUCUACAUGAUGUAGGUCAGUCUGAACUUUUCUCAACUGCCUCUAGAUAAAGGAUGAAAUCCCUUUGGCAAAAAACUGACUCAUAACAGUUUAAAUCAGUGUCUGGUGAUCUAGUACGAGCCGUGAUCUGAAAACAGGUGGCAUCUUUAUCCUGCUUUCUUUCCGGCAUCACUACUUUAUUUUUUUUUGGCUUCAUCGACUCUGGUUUGUAGCCGUUUAUCACAGAGAGAGCUCACUUUAGCAGUCUUUAUUUUGAGCGUAGAGCAGAUCCUGUUGGGCUCUUAGGUAAGAUGUCUUGUGAUGUUUUAUGUGAUCAUGAGCAUAGCUUUAGCACAGCUGUGAUAAAACCUUGUUUAUUCGAUCAGGUAUGAGUGUCUAGGUUUUGCUGUAACCUGUGUGUGUGUGUGUGGUGUUGGACAGGUUAUAAGAGAGUUAUAAGUGUACUUUAUAAUAUGUCCAUUAUAGAAAUGGACAAACUGUACAUACAAACACUGACUUGAAUGGAAUAUUCACAGCUACUAAGCGUCGUCAGGUCUAUCAUUCAAUACUGUACUGCUAAAAGUAACUUAAAUAAGUUGUCAGAGCAGGAGACAUCAGCUCUGUGGACAGUAUGCUCAGUGUGGGAAGUGGAGCAAACUGUCGACGUGUUGUUGCUCAUACUGUUAACUGUACCUCAUCCAUGCUUAUGAAUGUACAGCUAGGAGACAGAUGUGUCAAACUAUGCAGGAAGUCACAGAGCUGCAGGAACACUGACAUGUUUCACACCUGUACAGGCAUGACAUGGAGCUGUUAUAUCAUCAGUACAUGAGGAGAGAUUUACUGAAACAACUCCACAUUUGGAUCUGCAUGCGCAUUUUUUCUUUUUUUUUAUUAGUCUUUACAUUUUCCUUUCUUUGGGUUUUGAUUAUUCCCAGUUUGUUUGAUCAGGACUUCAGUGCUUUUGAGAAGCUCUUGAACUGCAUCAGAUGAGAAGAGGAAUAAUUUUAAAAGGCGGCUUCUCCUCAAAAUCAAACUGAAUCCGGCUCGACCUCAGAUUACUGACGAGGAGUGAAAAGCCUGACUGAGUUUGGCGAUGACAGGGAGUCGCCCUGUAGACUAGACUAGACUGUGUGAUGUACAGUUUUGUAGCAUUGCCAGUGAUGCCAGCCAGGGUAUGACUGUGAGGGGAGGGAUAAAAGCUUAGGGAACAGAUGGAGUCCAAAAUACAGUUUUCUUUAUUGUAAUCAUGAAUAAGCACUUGCAAAAUCUACUGUGUUUUGUUUUCUCUGUUUUUGUUUUGUUUUUUGAAAGACAAAGAUUCACAAUGUAUUUGAUGUUCUCUUUUACUGAUAAGGCAAAAUUCAGGGGAAUUAGUAGUGAAUGUAAUUCAAUUAGUUCCUUUUUUUUUUUUUUUUUUUUCUCCUGUUCACAGCUUUCAGGCUGUGACAGAAGGUCUAGACAAUGGAACAUAACAGAAUAUCUAAUAAAUUUGAACAAAUAAGAGAA